CUCGGGGUUCACUCACCAGAACUUUCGAAAGUCGUUCCUCUGGGUCAUCAUGAUGGAUCCAGUGACCGCUGUGGGCGUCGCCGCCGCUGUGGUCCAGUUCGUAGACUACGGCAAACGCCUGCUGUCUCGAGCCCACGAGAUCUACAAAUCUCCCGAUGGCCGCACCGAGAGUGAGUCCAAGCUCUUGAGCGGCCUCAAAGACCUCCGUACGCAGGCCACCCAGGCAUACGAGACGCUGGGCCGGUUUCCAGCCGCUCAGAGCGACAGUGACAUCGCUGAGAUCUUCGGGGACGUCGAGAAAGCCUCUCGGGAGUUUGACGACCUACUGGCGUCGAUUCAGCAACGGCAAUCGCGACAAAAGUACGACCGGAAGGGAAAGAAGGUGCUCAAGUCGACUCAGCUGGCAUGGAAUAGCCUUCGGGACGAGUCAGAGGUGAAGACAUUGUUGAAGCGGCUUGACGGUAUACGAGACCGUGGGGUCAGUUUCACGCUGUUGUCUCUGUGGCAAGCAUCGAAAGAGAGCGGUGAGAGAGAGGUCCAGUUCAGUAAGAUGCUGAGUGAAGUCGUGGAAACACUGCGACGACUCGACGAAACAAGAGCCUCAUCAAGUUCCGGUCCAAAAUACCUGGGCGAUUCCGCUGAAAAGAGAGAUACAUACCAAGACCAGGUCAUUACGGUGCUCAACGACCAUUUUCAAGCGACUGACUCCAUCUACCGAGACCUGGUGGAGACGCUCUGGAACCCAAAAAGGAGACCUGUGGUGCAGCCGCCGGAUGUGGAGGCCGCCAUCAUGACAGCUGAUGACUCGGUAUUUCGGACUGAAAUCAAAGACGGGCUCGUCUCUGGUGCCUUCGAUAACAUUGACGCCCGAGAAGAGGCCAUCGCCGGAUCAUACAAAGGCACAUUCUCCUGGAUCUUCCAUGGGAAUACGAACAAAUGGUCGAAUUUUCCCAAAUGGCUCGAAAGCGACGCAGACACGCCGUACUGGAUCACAGGCAAGCCUGGUUCCGGAAAGUCGACGCUGAUGAAGUACAUCCUUCAUAGCCCUGCGCUGGCCAAGAGCCUCGAGAGGUGGGCACGGGGCUCGCCGCUGUACAUAACCAGCUUCUAUGCCUGGCUCCCAGGGUCAGACCUGCAAAAAUCCCUCUCGGGUUUUAUGAGGACUAUACUGUUCCAGGUCCUGCAAGCAAGCCCUGAGCUUGUGCCGAUCGUCGCACCGAGGAGAUGGGCCCUCUUCAGCACGCUUCGAAGCUGUAAGAGGCAGCCGUUGUGGUCAGACUGGGAGAUCGAGGAGUCAUUCGACAUGCUGCUCACCGAGGUCGGCAGCGAAAAGAAGAAGCGGCUAGCCAUCUUCAUCGACGGGCUCGACGAGUUUAAAGUGCCGCCUGAGAGGAUCUUGACCCUGAUCUCGGAUGUCUGCCGGCGCGGAGGCAUCAAGGUCUGCGUCGCCAGCCGGCAGUGGACAGAAUUCAAUGACGCCCUAGAUAGGCACCCGAUGUUACGGAUGCAGGACGUUACGGAGAACGACAUGCUUCUCUUCGUGCGAGGCAAGCUGGAGGCCAACAGGGGGUUUUCUGACCUGAGCAAGAUAUUUCCCGCCGAGGCCGAGACGCUGAUCCGGGAGGUGGUCGAGAAGGCUAACGGCGUCUUCCUCUGGUCGUAUCUGGUCGUUUGCAAUCUGGAGGAGGCACUCUCCAACGGCGACGGGCUGCCGCAGCUGAGAGCGACCCUCCAGAGCCUGCCGGAAGAUAUCAAAAGCCUGUACACGGUGAUCUGGAAAAGCAUCAAGGGAUCCAAGUCGGACUCGGCAGAGAUUUUCUCGCUCAAGAUGGCAGCCUUGGGUAGCUUGGACUACACUGUCCUGUGGCUGGCACAAGAGAACAUCGCACCGGCACACGCUCUGAAACUCAUGAUUUUCUCCGAGGAUGCCAAGGCUGGUAUCCGCGGCAUCAUCGUCCGCCGCCUGGACAGCAAGACCCGAGGGCUUCUCGAAUUAACGCCGGGGGGCGAAGUUGAGUUCAUGCACCGCACUGCCCGGGACUGGGUAAACAAGCCCGAGAUCUGGGCCGACAUCAGCUCCUAUCUGCCAAAAGACUUCAACCCGAGCCUGAACUUGUUGUAUGCUGAAGCGCUUUCCUUUGCCAAUGACAGACUUAUUAUUGCCACUACUAGGGGGUCGAAAUUACUCAAGAUCGCCAUGCCUAACCUCCUGCGGUAUUCGCCAGACGUGACCAGCUUGACCACACCCGAAUCUCGAGCUGGGCUCGUACAGGCUCUUGAUGCUAUGGAUAGGCAGGCGACGUUAUUGAUUGGACGCGAUUGGGUAGAUCUGAACCGCUACGGCGUCGGCGUCUCACCGACUUUCUUCGGGAUCGUCUGUUGCUGGUGUUUUCUGACUUACCUCGAGACGAAGCUGUCCCUCGAACCAUCCUUGGUGAAUGAGAAGAUGGGGUCGUCCCUCUCUCCGUUAGAGCAUGCCAUCUGGGGUCACCGUUUGGUAGCAGAAACUAAGAAAGUGCCAUUUGAACUCAGAAAGAAGACAAUCUCGUUUCUCUUGGACAGCGGAGCUUCGCCUCGGCUUAGCUCUCGCAAACACGACGAACUACGGGAUAUAGUUAGCGGUAGACCAGCAUUCGAGUCUGAGGAGGAGCGAGCGUACUGGGCCUGGGUGAACAUGGUCCUGAGGGUGAAGCAGAAGAAACGAGCUAUGGCGUCCUUGUUCAGGUGGUUGCCACGAAGGGCCGGCUCUUGAUUUUUUCUUCAUACAUACCUAGGUAGUACCUCAAUCUUGAAACAAGUUCUAGAGC